GGAUGGAAAAAAUAAAGAAAUUAUAAAAAUAGAAAAUGAACUUUAUGAUUUAAUUAAUAAUAAUAUCCGUUUAUUAAAAGGUGCAAAAUAUGAAAAAGUCAGGAAACAAGCACAAAAUGCAUUUAAUGAUAUUAAUAAUAUCCAUUCUAAUAUUAAAUCCAUUUUAACCAAAUCUGAAGAACAAUUAGAUGCGAUUAAGAAACAACCUAACAUUAAAAGACAAGGUGAAAUUUUAAAGAAUGAAAAAACAAAAAUAGCUUAUAUUACAAUACAAAUAAAUAAAGGAAGAAUAGAAUAUAAUUUAUCAAAUAUAUUAAAUAUGAAAAAUAGCAUAAAUAAUAUCUUGAAUAAAUCUACCGGAUAUAUAAAUGAUGUAUCAAAACCUGAAGAGUUUGUUAUUAAUAUAGAAUCAUUGAAUAUGAAUGAUAUAUAUAAUAAGGAUAAAGAUCUUUUAAUAAAUAUUUUAAGAGAAAAAGAAAAUAUGGAUGCAGAGUAUAAAAGAAUGAAUGAAAUGUAUAAAUAUAUUAGUGAAAGAGAAAAAGAAAUAGAAAAACAUAAAAGAAAUUAUGAAAUAGGAAAUAUGGAAUAUAUAAAAAAUGAAGCAGAUGAAAAAAAAAAAUAUAUGGAAUCUAAUAAAAAUUCAUUAAAUAGAUUAAUGGAUUCAAUUACAUCCAUUUAUCAUAAUAAAUAUAUUAAUGAUUAUAAUAUAAAUGAAAAUGUUGAAAAACAUCAAAAUUUUUUGAGUGAAAUAUAUAAGCAAUUUAAUGCAUCAUAUGAUAUUAUUAAUACUAAAAUGACUGAAAUUAUAAAAGAUAAUUUAGAUUAUAAUAAAGUAAAAGAAAUUAAGGUUGUUGCACAAAUAGAAUUUGAUAAACUUAAUAAAAAUGUUGAUGAUUUAAAAAAUUAUUUAAAUAAAAUUAAAGAAGAAGAAGGACAUAGAUUAAUCGAUUACAUAAAAAAAAAAAUAUUUAACUUAUAUGUAAAAUGUUCAGAACAAAACAAUAUAAUAGAUGAUUCUUAUAAUUAUAUAAAAGCAAAAAAACAACACAUUAGUACUAUUGAAGAUGCUCAAUUUUUAUCAGAUACAAUGAACGCAAUAAAAGAAAAAAAUAAAUCAGUACAAAAUAUAGAAAUUUGUGCUCGUAGAGAAGAUAUUAAAAUUUUACUUCCAGAUGUAAUAAAAUUGGUAAACUUUUCAGGAAUUAUUGUAUUAUCUGAUAGAAAUAUCGAAAUAACUCCAGAAAAUUGUAUAGACUUUACUAAUGUAUUAAAUUUCCAAAUACAUUUUGAAAGAAAAAAUGAAAUACAAUCAAAAUCUGAAAAUGAUUCUGGUGUACAUAUUGAGAAUUUAAGUAACAAUUCAAAUGAAACUAUAGAUAAUGUAAAGCUUUAUAAGGAUAUUAUUGAAUCAUAUACAAUUUCAGGACAGAUUCUUAAACAUUUAGAUAAUAUUGAAAAACGUAAAGAAGAAUGUAAUACUUUAGUAAUGGAUUGUGAAAAAAUACAUGAUUUAUCUAAAGCAUUAAUUGAUUUAAAAAUACAAAUUAGUAGUUUAAGUAAUAAAGAAAAUGAUAUUUCAAAUAAUAUUGAUAUUGUAUCUAAUAAAUUAAAAGAAAUAGGUGCUUUACAACAUAAUUUAGAAAAAUAUAAAGAAAUUUUAAAUAAUGUAGAAGAAUAUAAAUAUUUAGAUAAUACAAAAAAUGCAUAUAUUGUAAAAAAAGAUGAAAUUUUAAAAAAUGUAGAUAUAAAAAAAACAGAAGAAGAUUUUAAUAAAUAUUUUAAUGACUUAAAUGAAUUAGAAGAUUAUAUUUCAUUAUCAGCUAACCAAAUGGAAAUUAAAACAGUAGUAGAGAAAUCAUAUAAUUCCUUUUUUGAAAUUAAUAAGAACAUUAACAAUAUUGAUAACGAAAUGAAAAGAAUGAUCCCUAAGCUUGAUGAAUUAUUAAAUGAAAGACAUAAUAUUGACAUAUCAUUAUAUAAUUCUUUAAUUCGAAAUAUUAAGAAUAAAAUAGCUAUUGAUAUAAAAAAUAUAAGAGAAAAGGAAAAUGAUACUAAAACAUGUUUUGAGUAUAUUCAAAAUAAUUAUAAUUUUAUAAAGAGUGAUAUAAAUUUAUUCAAUAAAUAUGAUGAUGAAAUAAAGGUAGAUAAUUAUACGUCUAAUCAUAUUGAUGUUGUCAAUAAACAUAAUAGUUUAAUAAGUGAACAUGUUCAAAAUGCUACGAAUAUUACUGAAAAUAUAAUGACAGAUGUUGUCGAAAUAAAUGAAGAUAAAGAAUUGAAUUCUUUAGAACAGAAACAAGACAAAUUAUUAGAACUAUAUAAAAAACUACAGAAAGAAGAAACUAUUAUAAAUGAUAAUUAUAAAAUAGUACAUUUUAAUAAAUUAAAAGAAAUAGAAAAUACAUUAGAGAAAUAUAAUACAAUAUCAACAAGUUUUAAUAAAAUAAAUGAAAAACAAAAUAUAGUUAAUUUAAAAAAUGAAUUUAAUAAUAUCAAAACAAAAAUUAAUGAUAAAGUAAAAGAAUUAGUUGAUGUUGAUAGUACAUUAACACUUGAAUCAAUUCAAACCUUUAAUAAUUUAUAUGGUGACUUUAUGUCUAAUAUGCAAAACGUUUAUAAAUAUGAAGAUACUACUAAUUCUGAAUUGAAGAAGGGGAAAUUAUAUAUAGAAAAUAUUACGAAUUUAUUAGGAAGAACAAAUACAUUCAUAAAGGAACUAGACAAAUAUCAGGAUAAAAAUAGUGUAACAAAUAACUAUAUAGAAAUCAAUAAGGAAUAUAAUAGUUAUAUAAUAAAAUUGAACGAAAAUGCUAAUAAUCUAAAGGAGAAAUUCUCAAAAUUGUUAGAGAAUAUAAAAGGAAAUGAAACUGAAUUAUAUAAUAUAAAUAACAUAAAGAAUGAUAUUAUGAAUACUUGGAAACUUGUGAAUAAUAUAAAACAAAAUUUUUCUAGAAAUUUACCAUUAAAAGAAAAAUUAUUUCAAAUGGAAAAGAUGCUACUUGAUAUAAAUAAUAUUAUGAAUGAAACCAAAAGAACAUCAAACACAGAUGCAUAUAUUAACACAGCGUUCAGAGAUAAUGAAAAUAAUAAAAACAAAGAAGAUAACAAUAUGAAUAUUGAAACAAUUGUUAAAUUAAUAGAUCAUAUCAAAAUACAUAAUGAAAAAAUAAAAACAGAAGUAUUAAUAAUUGAUGAUGCCAAAAGAAAAGUAAAUGAAAUUACAAAUAAUAUUAAGAAAGCGUUUACUGAAAUUACAGAAAAAAAGAAUAAUGAUAAUAAUGAUGUAAUUAAAUCGGCAAAAAAUAUUGUCGAUAAAGCUAAUCAUUUAAAUAAUGAAUUAGAUAAAUUUUUAUUGAAAUUGAAUGAAUUAUUAAGUCAUAAUAAUAAUGAUAUAAAAGAUCUUGAGGAUGAAAAAUUAAAAAUGGAAGAAGAAAUAAAAAGAAAAGAAGAACUAGAAAGGCAAGAAAAAUUAAAAGCAGAAGAAGAAGAAAGAAAAGAGAAAGCAAGAUUGGAAAAAGAGAAAAAAGAAAGAGAAGAAAAAGAAAGAUUGGAAAAAGAGAAAAAAGAAAGAGAA